CCCGUCACCCCCAUGAUGAUCGAGGAGGAUGCCGCCUUGCGGAACGGCAGCCGGGGGCUGCCGCCGGGACCCUGGGCCGAGGCGCCGGGGCCAAGACCCCGCACCACGGAGCGGCACAUCGCCGUGCACAAGCGCCUGGUGCUGGGCUUCGCCGUCUCCAUCCUAGCGCUGCUGGCGGUGACCAUGAUCGCCGUGCUGCUCAGCGUCCGCUUCGAGGAGUGCGGAGCCGCCGCCGACGGUCCGCCGCGGGCCGGCGGCAACGGGAGCCUCUCGGGGACAGCCCGGCAGCCGCCCCGUGCGGGGCAGCCCCCCGGCAGGCCGGAGGAGGAGGCGCGGGGCGGGGAAGCGGCGGAGGAAGAGGAGGAGGAGGAAGAGGAGGAGGAGGAGUGGCAGCGGCGGCGGGAGCUGCCGCCCUGGGCCCGGCCGCGGCUGCCGCGGCACCUGCGGCCGCUGCAUUACAACCUGAUGCUGAGCGCCUUCAUGGAGAACUUCACCUUCAGCGGGGAGGUGAACGUGCAGCUGGAGGUGCGUAACGCCAGCCGCUACAUCGUGCUCCACGCCCACCGCAUGCACAUCGAGGCGGUCCGCGUGGCCGAGGACAAGCUGGCCGGCGGGGUGCGGGUGGCCCGCACCUUCUUCUAUCCCCAGACCCAGGUGUUCGUCGUGGUCCUCAACCGCAGCCUGGAGGUGCAGAGAAGUUACAACCUUAAGAUCAUCUACAACGCCCUUAUCGAGAACGAACUGCUGGGCUUCUUUCGCAGCUCCUACGUCCUUCACGGCGAGCGAAGGUUUCUUGGUGUCACGCAGUUUUCUCCCACUCAUGCCAGAAAAGCCUUUCCUUGCUUUGAUGAGCCCAUCUACAAGGCCACAUUCAAAAUCAGCAUCAGACAUCAAGCGACUUACUUAUCUUUGUCCAACAUGCCAGUUGAAACUUCUGUUUUUGAAGAAGAUGGAUGGGUUACAGAUCACUUUUCACAGACCCCUCUCAUGUCCACCUAUUAUCUGGCUUGGGCAGUGUGCAAUUUCACAUACCGGGAAACUGUCACCAAGAGUGGAGUAGUUGUACGGUUAUAUGCAAGGCCUGAUGCAAUCCGAAGAGGAUCGGGGGACUAUGCUCUAAAUAUUACAAGGAGACUCAUUGAGUUUUAUGAGGAUUAUUUUAAAGUGCCCUAUUCCCUGCCAAAAUUAGAUCUGUUGGCUGUGCCUAAGCAUCCUUAUGCUGCUAUGGAAAACUGGGGACUGAGUGUUUUCGUGGAGCAAAGGAUACUGCUAGAUCCAAGCAUUUCUUCUAUUUUAUACCUACUGGAUGUCACCAUGGUCAUUGUACAUGAGCUAUGCCAUCAGUGGUUUGGUUGGUUUGUGACUCCAGUUUGGUGGGAGGAUGUGUGGUUGAAGGAAGGUUUUGCUCACUAUUUUGAAUUUGUUGGGACAGACUACCUCUAUCCGGGGUGGAACAUGGAAAAACAGAGAUUUCUGACAGAUGUCUUACAUGAAGUGAUGUUGCUGGAUGGAUUGUCCAGUUCACAUCCAGUAUCCCAGGAAGUGCAGCAGGCCUCAGACAUCGACAGGGUAUUUGACUGGAUUGCCUAUAAAAAGGGUGCGGCUCUGAUUCGAAUGUUGGCUAACUUUAUGGGUCAUUCUGUGUUUCAGAUGGGCUUACAAGACUAUUUAACCAUUCACAAGUAUGGCAAUGCAGCCAGAAAUGAUCUCUGGAACACAUUGUCAAAGGCUUUAAAAAGGGUUGGAAAAUCUGUAAACAUCCAAGAGGUAAUGGAUCAGUGGACAUUACAGAUGGGUUAUCCUGUUAUCACUAUCUUGGGAAAUGAAACUACAGAGAACAUCAUAGUCAUCUCCCAAGAGCGUUUUGUUUAUGAUAGUGAUACUAAACCCAAGGAUCCUGCCCGUGGGGACAACAGCUACUUGUGGCAGAUUCCAUUAACAAUUGCAGUAGGAAAUACGAGCCACAUCUCAUCAGAGGCAAUUAUAUGGGUGUCUAACAAAUCAGAACACCACAGAAUUCCUGCUUUGGAAGAGGCAAGUUGGUUGCUGGGGAACAUAAACCAGACUGGCUACUUUAGAGUUAAUUAUGAUAUUAGGAAUUGGAGGCUGCUAAUUAAUCAGCUAACAAGGAACCAUGAGGUUAUCUCUGUCAGUAAUCGAGCAGGCUUGAUUGAUGAUGCAUUCAAUCUAGCCAGAGCUGGUUAUUUGCCUCAGAAUAUUCCUUUGGAGAUUAUGAAGUAUCUUUCAGAGGAAAAAGAUUUCCUGCCUUGGCAUGCUGCCAGCCGAGCUCUUUAUCCUCUAGAUAAAUUGCUGGACCGUACAGAAAACUACAAUAUCUUCAAUGAGUAUAUAUUAAGACAAGUGGCGUCAAUGUAUCUGAAGCUUGGAUGGCCAACGAACAAUUUAAACAAAUCACUUGUUCAAGCAUCAUACCAACAUGAAGAGUUGCGUCGGGAAGUCAUCAUGUUGGCCUGCAGCUUCGGGAACAAACACUGUCACCAGCAGGCUGCAACGUUAAUCUCUGACUGGAUUUCUAGCAAUAGGAACCGAAUACCUCUCAAUGUGAGAGACAUUGUCUACUGUACAGGAGUUUCACUGAUGGAUGAAGAUGUAUGGGAGUUCAUUUGGAUGAAAUUUCAUUCUACCACAGCAGUGUCCGAGAAGAAAAUACUAUUAGAAGCCUUAACUUGCAGUGAUGACAGAAACUUGCUCAACAGACUUUUGAAUUUGUCUCUCAACUCAGAAGUUGUCCUGGAUCAGGAUGCAAUUGAUGUGAUAAUCCAUGUAGCUCGAAAUCCACACGGAAGGGAUCUUGCUUGGAAGUUUUUCAGAGAGAAGUGGAAAAUACUAAAUGCUAGGUAUGGAGAAGCGUUAUUUAUGAAUUCAAAGCUUGUCAGUGGGGUCACAGAAUUCCUCAAUACUGAAGGAGAACUAAGAGAGCUAAAGAACUUUAUAAAGAGUUACGAAGGGGGUGCUGCUGUCUCUUUCUCUCGUGCUGUGGAAACAGUGGAAGCCAAUGUGCGGUGGCAAAGGCUUUAUAAGGAAGAACUGUUCCAAUGGCUAAGAAAAUCCUUGACACAGUAA